CCGGUCCCCUUGGCGCACCGGGUGUGAAGCCGGGGCAGGGCGGGGAGUCUCGCCGCGAGAGCCGCGCUGCGAGGGAGACCCGCCGCGGCCGGAGCCAUGUUCCCCCAGAGCCGGCACCCCACUCCGCACCAGGCUGCGGGCCAGCCUUUCAAAUUCACCAUCCCGGAGUCGCUGGACCGCAUCAAAGAAGAGUUCCAGUUCCUCCAGGCGCAGUACCACAGCCUUAAAUUGGAAUGUGAGAAACUGGCAAGCGAAAAGACGGAAAUGCAGAGGCAUUAUGUAAUGUACUAUGAAAUGUCGUAUGGAUUAAACAUUGAAAUGCACAAACAGACAGAAAUCGCGAAGAGAUUGAAUACAAUUUGUGCACAAGUCAUCCCAUUUUUGUCUCAGGAACAUCAGCAACAAGUGGCCCAAGCUGUAGAACGUGCCAAACAAGUGACCAUGGCUGAAUUGAAUGCCAUCAUCGGGGUACGUGGCCUUCCAGGUCUACCUCCUACACAGCAGCAGUUGCAGGCUCAGCAUCUCUCCCAUGGCCAUGGACCUCCAGUGCCUCUAACGCCGCAUCCAUCAGGACUUCAGCCUCCAGGAAUCCCUCCACUUGGAAGCAGUGCUGGCCUUCUUGCCCUCUCCAGUGCUUUGGGUGGGCAGUCUCAUUUGGCAAUAAAAGAUGACAAGAAGCAUCACGAUGCAGACCACCACAGAGACAGAGAGCCAGGCACAAGUAAUUCUCUGUUGGUCCCCGACAGUCUACGAAGCACAGAUAAACGCAGGAAUGGCCCUGACUAUGCCAAUGACAUCAAAAAGAGAAAGGUGGAUGAUAAGGAUUCCAGCCACUAUGACAGUGAUGGGGACAAGAGUGACGAUAACUUGGUUGUAGAUGUGUCCAAUGAGGAUCCUUCUUCCCCAAGGGCAAGUCCCACUCAUUCACCACGUGAAAACGGUAUUGAUAAAGCCCGCCUACUGAAGAAGGAUGCCUCCAGCAGUCCAGCAUCUACAGCCUCUUCAGGAAGUUCCACUUCCCUCAAAUCCAAGGAAAUGGGUCUGCAUGAAAAAGCCAGCACGCCUGUUCUGAAAUCCAGCACACCAACUCCUCGAGGUGAUGUGCCAACCCCAGGCACUAGUGCAACUCCAGGACUCCGUCCAGGCCUUGGCAAACCUCCAACAAUGGACCCUCUGGUUAACCAAGCUGCUGCAGGUUUGCGGACACCGUUGGCAGUACCCGGACCAUACCCUGCUCCAUUUGGAAUGGUACCUCAUGCUGGCAUGAAUGGAGAGUUAACCAGUCCAGGGGCAGCCUAUGCCAGUCUGCACAAUAUGUCACCCCAGAUGAGUGCUGCUGCUGCUGCAGCUGCUGUGGUUGCCUAUGGACGAUCUCCUAUGGUUGGGUUUGAUCCUUCUCCUCACAUGAGAGUACCUGGAAUCCCUCCAAAUCUAGCAGGGAUUCCUGGGGGAAAACCAGCCUACUCCUUUCAUGUUACUGCAGAUGGUCAGAUGCAGCCAGUUCCUUUCCCUCCUGAUGCCCUCAUCGGUCCAGGAAUCCCUCGCCAUGCCCGUCAGAUCAACACCCUGAACCACGGGGAAGUUGUGUGUGCAGUUACCAUCAGCAACCCCACGAGACAUGUGUACACGGGUGGGAAGGGGUGUGUCAAGGUUUGGGACAUCAGUCAGCCUGGCAACAAGAGCCCUGUCUCUCAGCUGGACUGCCUGAACAGAGAUAACUACAUCCGCUCCUGUAAAUUGCUGCCUGAUGGAUGCACCCUCAUAGUUGGCGGGGAAGCCAGCACAUUAUCCAUAUGGGACCUAGCAGCUCCAACUCCUCGUAUAAAAGCAGAGCUGACAUCCUCAGCACCUGCCUGCUAUGCUCUGGCUAUCAGCCCUGACUCCAAGGUGUGCUUUUCCUGCUGUAGUGAUGGGAACAUUGCGGUGUGGGAUCUGCACAAUCAGACAUUGGUCAGGCAAUUCCAGGGCCACACAGAUGGAGCCAGCUGUAUUGACAUUUCUAAUGAUGGUACCAAGCUCUGGACAGGAGGUUUGGAUAACACUGUCAGAUCCUGGGACUUGAGAGAAGGAAGACAGCUACAACAGCAUGACUUCACAUCACAGAUAUUUUCCCUUGGUUAUUGUCCAACUGGUGAAUGGCUAGCUGUGGGAAUGGAGAGCAGCAAUGUUGAAGUGCUACAUGUAAAUAAACCAGACAAGUAUCAACUGCACCUUCAUGAGAGCUGUGUGCUGUCACUCAAGUUUGCUUACUGUGGUAAAUGGUUUGUGAGUACUGGGAAAGAUAACCUUCUUAAUGCUUGGAGAACUCCUUAUGGAGCCAGUAUCUUCCAGUCCAAAGAAUCUUCAUCAGUGCUUAGCUGUGACAUCUCUGUGGAUGAUAAGUACAUAGUCACUGGCUCUGGAGACAAAAAGGCUACAGUCUAUGAAGUUAUCUACUGAAAAAUAUGAUGGGGAUAUUCUUUUAGAGGUUGAACUGGGCCAAAAUUGUUUGUAGAAGUAGAAAGGUUUUGAAUUUUUGAAAGGAACAAAAGUGUUGAGGUUCCAGAUCUUGCCAUGAAACUACUCCAAUUUUUCAAAAUAGAAGGCAACAUCCACCAACUAAGUGUUGGCUACGUGGACCAGACGGAACACAGAAGCAAGAUGGACAAAUGUAGCCUAGGUUUUUGACAUAAUUUUUAAAAGCCAAGUCUACUGAAGAAUGUUGGAGCCUUUUAUUUUUUUUCUUUUUGUGACCUCAUGCAAAUUUUACUCAUUGCCUGAAUAUGGGGGAUAAAUACCUUUCUGUUCUUGCAGUUCAAGUUGCAUUCUGUCCUGGGUAGAGCAGCAGUGUCUCAGAUGAACUUGUUUCCUGGUUUUGCAUCUUGUGAUAUGUUUUUGUAUUUUUGUUGAAGGUCAAACAUUUGUAUAAACUGUAAAUAUAUUUAGUUUACUACAGUAAAGGCUUUAGUACCAACAACCAGUCUUCCCCCUUGCCCUCUCCCUGCUUGCCCUGCUUAUUUAAAAUUAAAAACCUUUUGGGGAUAUAAGUACCUUUUUAGAAGCAAAAGCAAACACUAUGUAUAGUUUGAAAAUGGUGUCUUAUUCUUUAUAACUAUUCUUAGAUUCCUUUAUCAUACUUCAGAGUAGUUGAUUUGACAUACUAGGGUAUCAAGUCCAGUAGAUAUUGUCUUGUUCUACGGAAAACUUAAAGGCAGUUUUGUACUAAUUAUAGUGUAAAUAUAAAAAUUGAACAUUUCAUGAAACUGUGCAGUUUAAGUUUAUUCUGAUGUCCCAUGUAUAUGUUCUUUGGCAGAUACAGUAAUAUGUGCCUCAUCAUAACUCAUUUGGUCAUUUUUCUAGAAGAGGAGGUGACUUCUCUGUCCUUUAUUUCCCCCAGCUGAACAGAAUUCAUGUGAGACUACAUUUCAACUAAGUACAUCAGAGCCUUUAUUUGUUAUAUGAGGAUGUCUGUGAUUAGAUAAGUUGCAUCCUUCAUGUUUUACGGAGAAAUGGUAGUUAAUGACCAUUUCCUUUUUAAAGUCUUGUCUAUACUUAGAUACUCAGGUAAAUUUAACUAAAUUACCAAAAGUGUGAGUUUACAGGGGAUUGCUUAAAGAUGUUAAAUUACUUGCAGAGUUGCAAGUGAAGUAAAUUAACCUAAACCAAGUUAAACUUGCUUCUUAAUUUCUUGUGAGAAUAUUGACAAAGGAAUAUUUUGAUUUUUAACUAAUCCACUCUACAAAUUAAUAAGAAUUAAUUUUCCUGAGUGUCCCACAUUACGCAGGCCUGUAGACUCUACGUAUUCAUGCUGAGCAGUCUGAGUCUUUUCCGUUGUCGCAUCACUGUGUGACAUCUGUGAAGAGCCAUGAUAAGCAGCCAGUUACCAAAGCUAUGCAUCUUCAAGUUUUCUUGGUGUACUCAAGAGCAGUGGAUGAGGACAGAAGGUGUUCACUUUAUUCAACUGCUAUUUUUUCAGUCUAAUGUGUUCUACCACUGUGUGCUAGACAACAAACUUUGCUGUUGCACUGGUGAGAGCCAUACAUUUCCUACAUUCUGUAAUUUGGUUAUAAUUUCUGUUGAUAACAGAGAAUACAGAUGAACAGAAGGAUAUCAUUGAACAAUUAGUUUAGAUUACACAAAUUGACAGAAGAAGAGCUGCUUUCUCAUUUUACUAGCAUUUGACGAUGGCCUAUGUCCCUGCUCUUUCAAAGACAUGUAGCUAGGAAGAAACAAACUUGACUGACAGAUGCGUUGAUUGGAGAAGGAAUUUUUCAUCUGGGGGCAAAUUUUAUCUAAGUUUCUAGUCUGAAGAGACACAGGUUUUCUUUUCAAUUUACAUGACCAUUCUACUGAAAUCAAAUUAUAGCAUCUAGAACUGUAAUAGCCUUAACGUAUUAACAUUCAAAUCAGAAUGUAAAAUAUUACCCAUUCAGGAUCAUCUGUCUCCUAGACUUUUAAAAUUAACAUUGUAUCAAUAUGUAUCCAUAUAUAUAUAUCUUUGAUGAUUGCUUCAUUGUUAAUUUGUAACUGUAUGAAAAUGACAUUUUAGAUGCUGGUCAUGUUGCUUUCAGACAUAGUGGGGCAAAAAGCAGAAUCAUCAGGCUUUCCAAAGAAUUAACUAUAUUUGCUACACUGAAAUACUGGGAAAUGCUAUGCCAUUUUUUAAAGGGAAAAUUUUAAAACAAGAUUAUUUACAAGAUUACUUGAUUUUUACACUUUUCAUAUUUAAAUUUCUCUGAACAUCUGGCUCUGGCAGUGAUCAUUGACUUUAGCAGCACUGGCAAAUUUGCUUUAGUUAGGACCUUUCGGGUUUUUGCCAAACUGCUAUCACCUUGGCUUUUACUUUAUAGGUAUCCUUUUGCUGUUCGUUGAAGUCAAUAUCAGAGGAACCAAGAAUGCAAGUAACCUUACACAUCUAUAUCAAUUUAAAAAACCCCACAAAUGUAAUUGGUUUGCUAUAUGUUGUGACAUAGGGCUUGCUAAUAAGAUCACACUUGUCAAUCAGGAGGUUGAAAAUCAUUGUGUCAGGAAAAUCAUAAAAUACCUUGUUUUCUUGGCUUCUAGAAUGUACACUGUGUCAGAGCAGUUAUGGAAUCAGAAAUUUAUGUGAAUGAAUGUAAUCAUAUUUGUACCAUGUAUUUCUUGAUUGUAAUUAUGAAAUUCAUUCCUUUUUUUCCUCCCAUCAUAUCUUUAAGCCUUGUGUCUGAAAAGUAGUGGAUACAUCUGAAAGCUUCUGGAUGCAUCAUCCAUACUUGUGGAUGAGUAGUUCUCUCCAUUUGUUGUUUCAGAUUUCACUUAAUGUUUAUAAAAUCGUGAGUCUUUUCAUUUGUCAGACAGUAAACCAUAUUCUACUUGCAGAUGUAUUUUUAAAUGAAAAAUAGAUUUGCUAAACUCCUAGCAUAUCUGUCUACGCAAUUACCUAAAAGAUGUAAAACUUUUGAAGCUUAAAACUUCUGUAAGUUCUUGUAGCCCUGUGUAAAGUAGUGGGUGGAAAUAUUGCAUAUUGAAUGAAGAAACAGACUAACCAACAUCAUCAGUAACAGAAAAGACACUGGGAAAACCAUAUGGGAAAGAGAAGUGCACCAGUAACUAUUGUAUAGGUAAUUAAUUUUUUUGUGGGGGGUCAACUUAAAUACAGUCCUAAAAGAUUCCUUUGGUUAGCCCCUUUUUGGGAUAGUCUUUGUGUGCUGGGUGGCCUUCAGUAUUCAGAGAUGUCUGAAUGCCACUCUGGCAAAUGCUAGUUCUGGAUAGAAGCAGGGAGUUCUUAAAAAAGACAUUUUGUAUGUCAGUGCAAAAAAUAAGUGUUGAAGAGGGGAUUUGUGGUAAUACCAAUUCAACUGAACAAAAUCCUUUGUCAGCUUUAAUAUGUAUAUUUUGUAUAUGUGCACUUGUUAUAACCCUUCAUAAAUCAAUUGUGCAGAAAGUCAUGAUAUCAUUCCACAGAAUGUAUUUGUCAGUGUGUCAGACUUUCUUUUUUAUUAUAAUUCCAAGCAUUGAUAUUUCCCCAUGUUAGCCCACAAGCCACUGGUAUCUGAAAAAGAAUUUUCAUCUACAUUAGUUCUUUGUAACUCACUUGGCAUUUCAAAGGCUUUUUUUCCUUUAAAGGAAAGAGAGAGCACUAAAUGAACAUCAU